AUGACAUCGCACAUCCAAACCGUCCUCACACCGCUGCACCCGCCCGACAUGUCGCUGACCAACCUCUCCCUCGUCGCUCAAUGCGACGCUUUCCCCUACGCCGACGCCGACCCACAAGCUUACCUGACCCGCGUCAACACAUACUACCAGCUGCGCGUCACGUCCCACGACUAUGCGCUAGGCUACAUGCUGCCCUCAGUCGCCGAGGUCUUCCGUGGGAUCCCAAACUGGGCUCUCGACGACGAAGAGCGCAUUCUCACACUGACCGGCGGCACCGACGCGCCGACGCGGUCACACGCCAUCGAGACGACGCUGCUUGCGCUGCGCGAGACGGGCCACUUCGACGUGCUGAAGAAGUGGAGGGGCGAGCUGUACGCCGUGUAUGGCCGGGACAGGGAGUUGCUGUUCAAUGUCGAGCGCAGCGCAAGUCCGCUGUUUGGCGUCGUGACGUAUGGCGUGCAUAUGACCGCCUAUGCGCGGAGCAAGGACAGUGGAGAGCUGAAGAUCUGGACGCCGCGCCGCGCCAAGAGCAAACAGACGUAUGGCGGCAUGCUGGACAAUGCGGUUGCUGGCGGCAUCUCCUCUGGCGAGAGUCCGUUUGAGAGCUUGGUGCGUGAGUGUGCAGAGGAAGCGAGUCUGGAUGAAGACUUGGUCAGAAGCAAGGCGAGGUCAGCAGGGUCCAUCACGUAUUGGUAUGUGCGGGACGAGCGGGCGGGAGGAGAGACCGGACUCCUGCAACCCGAGGUGCAGUACAUCUACGACUUGGAGCUGCCGGAGAAUGUUGUGCCCAAGCCAGGGGAUGAUGAGGUGGAGGAGUUCUAUCUGUGGAGUGUGGAGGAGGUGCAGGAUGCCAUGAAGAAGGGAGAGUUCAAGCCCAAUUGUGCACUGGUCGUGCUGGACUUUUUCGUACGACAUGGCAUCUUGACCGAGGCCAGCGAGAGGGACUACAUUGAGAUUGUGUCGAGGUUACACAGGAGAUUGGAGUUUCCAACUCUCUGA